AUGGCCGCCGACAGUGCCCCCACCAAGCAAGGCUCCGAGAGACCGUCGCUCUCCUCCUCCAUGAGGAGCAGUUCCUAUCUUCGCGAACAUCAGCAGUAUCGGUCGCCGAGCAAGCCAGAGAACCACUAUGGUAUUGACACUGUCGUUGAGGACCUCCAGGGCACUCAGAUCACCCCGCCUAGGCAGUUCUCGCCCUUCAAUGGGAUCCCGUCUGCGGAGAAUCCGCCCAAGGUCGUGGAUGGAUUGAGCCAUGAACUGUCGCAUCCAAACUGCUGCCCGGCGCCGGGCGCCAAGUCGGACAAGCUGACUGCCACCAUCAUCUAUAGAGCAUCCUCGCCCCGGGUGUCCAACGCGGUGCCCUCACCCCGCUCGCUCUCCCCCAAGUUGGCCGCCUCAGAGCCAUCCGACAUCCCCUCCAACAUGGCGCCUACUACCGACAUUGCAACCUUUCCCCUUGAACCUCCCAUCGCCGACCCGGAGCCUCUCGACCACCUCUACGGCUCCUACAUAUCUCCUCUCUGCAUCACAUCCUUCCUCCACCUCAUGUCCACCUUUCCCCUGCCGCCCGGCUCUACAGAUCUAAGCUCCUCGCAUCGCUGCCUCGACAACGUCGAGCACCCGCUUGUGGUGGAACUCACCUUGAACCCAGCCCCGUCCGCUGCCUACCUACCCUUAGCCGACCUGCGCAAGCACGAGUUGAUCUACCGCUUCGAGCGAGAAUGGAACGUCGAUGUUGCCUUGCAGCCCGAUACAUUGUGGAGGCGGCACCCUCGACUCGUGGUUUUUGAUAUGGACAGCACAUUGAUCACGCAAGAGGUGAUUGACCUCCUCGCUGCCGCGAUUGGCCCCGAGCUCGCCGCGAAAGUGGCAGAUAUCACCCACCGUGCCAUGCUCGGCGAGCUGCAGUUCGAGAGCGCUUUCAAGGAGCGAGUUGCGCUGCUCAAGGGAUUGUCUGCGGACCUCUUCACGGAGCUGCGACCCGCCCUCAACGUCACCAAGGGCGUACCGCAGCUGAUCAAGGCGCUCAAGCGACUGGGCGUCAAGACGGCUGUGCUGAGCGGUGGGUUCAAGCCCCUGACCGAGUGGCUAGCGGGCGAGCUGGGCAUCGACUACGCAUAUGCCAACGAGGUGGUUAUCGAGGACGGCAAGCUUACGGGCGAGGUGCAGGGCAAGAUCGUGGGACGCGAACGCAAGUGCGAGCUGCUCAAGGAGAUCGCCGCCAAGGAGGGUAUCGCGCUCGAGCAGGUGGUGGCCGUCGGCGACGGCGCAAAUGACCUACUCAUGAUGGAGGCGGCGGGUCUGGGUGUGGCGUGGAAUGCGAAGCCCAGGGUGCAGAUGGAGGCAGACGCGAGGCUGAAUGGGAGCAGCCUGUUGGAUCUGCUGUAUCUAUUUGGGUUCACACGUGAGGAGAUAGAGCUGCUUUCCGCGUGA